AAAUAAAAUAGUUUUAUUAGCAAAUCAUUUAACAUGGCUCGUAGAGGUCCAAAGCAGAAACUGAAAAUUGUCGACCAAGUUUUGACAGAUGCAGAAAUCCGAGAUGAAAAGUGGACCUUAAAUUCUUUGUCUAAGUCAAUUGGUGAUCCGGGUUCUUUGGAUAUUUUGGAAUGGUUGGCCAAACGUCGGUUGAUUAGAAACACAUACACAUGCACGACAUGCAACAUUCCAUGUGGUGUAAAUAAAUAUACAGGUUGCGAAGACAAAUAUAGGUGGUACUGCAGCCGUUGUAAAAAUAGGAAGUCUAUAAGAACUGAUUCGGUCUUUGAUAAAUCUAAGCUGGAUCUGUCACAGUUAGUGAUUUUCAUUUAUUCUUGGACUAAAGAUAUGCUAUUGCAAGAUACUGCUGCGAAAACUGGCAGCGACUGGGCCCAGUUGUGCAAAGAUGAGGGUAUUCGUUUUAUUGGACAACUUCCUAUCCAAAGUGAUGACACGGACUUGAAGAAUGGAACUUCGGUGGUAGUCAAAAUAGACAAGACCCAUUUUUCCAGCAGGAAAUAUAAUAGAGGUGAUGGCAGCCCCCCAGUCGGGUCCUUCGAAGCCAGUGACUCCAAAACUCCGAAAACCAAGCGGUCGCCAGCGAAACCUGAACCGGAGUCUUACACAUCGGUAGCGAAGAAGAGGAGAACGAAAGAUGAUUUCUAUACAUUUUGCACCAUAGUCCUCUCUUAUACUCAGUAUGAAUCUCUCAAGAGAGAGGAACUCCGUCAGCAGAACAAUAUCAGUCCUGUUGGCAGUGGCGGCAGUGCUGCAGACAGUUAUUCUUCGGACAGUACAGCCUCACUGUCCUCUGGAAGUCUGCAAGAAUCUAUUCCAGAAACACUUCAGGAAAAUUUGCCAAUUGAUCGUGUACAAGAGAACAUUGCCUCUACUCUUACCACCACCACCACCACCACCGCCACUACUACUUCUACUGUGGUUAAUUGCAGACUCUCUGAGAGAAUUACACACCCGCAAACAACUCCUAAACAACAGUUUUUGAAGCAACAGUCUCCGAAACAUCCAAUGUUUCUAAAGCAGCAGCAACAACAGCAACAGCAGCAGCAGCCACAACAUAUAAAACAGCAUUCAAAACUCCAGCUUUUAAAACAGCAACAACAACAGCAGCAGCAACAACAACAACAACAGCAGCAGCAGCAGCCACAGCAUACGAAGCAACUGGUACAGCCUAAACAACAGUUAGUCCCGAGGCAGCUCACGAAGCCACAGAACCAGGCCACGUUAGUCCAAGCAACGGUGUUGCCCUCUCUUUCUUCAAUCCCUCAACAAAACUCAAAUAGAUUAGAUGGAUUUUAUCAUAGAAACGUUGAAGCAGAUCUUUCAUCUUUGUCAUCAUCAUCAUCGUCAUCGCCAUCGUCAUCAUCACACCAACAAUACUCUCCUCAUCAGAAACAGAAGCUUCAUCAACAGGUACUGGUCGACGACAAGGUAAAGCAAUUAGAGGGUGUACAGUUGCAGAAGCGAGAGGAAUGCACUCCCUGUGAACAUCACCUUAAAACACACAUAAAACAGGAGGAAAAACCUAGCAUAGAUGAACUGCAGAGUAACUCGGUUGUCUCACAGAAUUCUGUGACCUCUGUGAAAGUGGAGAAGGAAAUAUACGAACCUGUUGUGGAAGAAAAGAAAGCUAACACUCAUUUUCCCAAGUUAGAUUUGCACGCUCACGACAAAAAUGAUGAUAGUUUAGCUGAAAGUUGUGGAGAAAGUAUUCACAGUAAUUCAAGUUCUCCUGAUGCCAUAGAAUCAGAUGACGAAUCUUGGGACUUAAUAACCUGCCAUUGUCUUAAACCCUAUGCCGGAAGACCAAUGAUUGAAUGUUCAGAAUGUUCAACAUGGAUCCACCUAUCUUGUGCGAAAAUUCGAAAAUCCAAUAUUCCUGAAACUUUUGUUUGUCAGCAGUGUAGAGAAGCAAAAUUCACAACACGGAAAUCUAAUAGAAUUAGAACUGAAAGCAAAAGAAUCAGUAUCUAAAUAUGGAAAAAAAAAAAAAGAAUUUUAGCAGCACAAUUAUUACCACACUUCUCUCAUCUUCUCCAUCACCGUUAAUCUUUCAUCUAUGGUUGUAGGGAAUGGGACAAUAACUGGCUCUGCUCCUACUACAUUCCAGUUGCAAAGGGCCCAACUAAUGAGAAUACACAUCCUUCCAGUUAUGUAAUUAAACACCUUUGUAUAAAGUUGACUCUAUAGUAUCUUACCUGUAUCUAGCUGCUCAUCCUGGGUACUCUGACAUGGGACAGUAACAUUUCUGAAAUGGUGUGUGUGUGUGUGCUUGUAUGUGUUGAUGUGUGUAUGUGCACUGGACCAUUACAUUUUAUUUUUAGCAUGUCCAUCAACGGACCUCAUAAAAAUCUAAGUGCCCUUCAUGAGAGUAGAACAGCUUUGGAAGAACUUAGCGCCUCCAGAUCUUCAACCAACGGUCUCCUACAUCGUACCUCGACAUUGCACUACACAUCUCUCCUAUUUGUAGCAGGAUAACUAAUUAGGACCCCCCCUCCCUCCCUCCCCAAUAGAGUAGUAACUCUUUAACAAGCUUAAAAUAAAAUUUCAAUUAAUCAGGCAGUUUUCUCUCCCAUUUUAAUCUAAAAUAAAUUUAAUCAGUUUUCAUUUUCUUUCCUUUUUUUUUUCCCUGCUCCAUUUGUUUGUUGCCCAGUUUUGACUUCCUCGUUCAUACAUUUGUCAUUUCACUUUUUUAUGCUGUCUGUUAUUUCAUAGCAUCUUUUAUUAAAAGGUUAGCCUCAACUUUUGCCAUGUAUAUACAAAUAUUUAAACCUUGUGUAAUAGUUAUUUCUCUCCACUUUCACUUUCUUUUUAACUUAGAACCUUACUUUCAGUGUAUUUUACUAAGUUUAAAGUUUUUACUCAUCAAAUCAAUGUUUACUGUGUUACUUUAUAGUAUAUCGAUUUCAUAACAGCUAACUUAACUAAUCAUUUUCCCCUCCUCAAGAUAACUGAAUUAAUUUUUUUUUUUUCUUAAAAAAAAAACUCAUUUCAGUUGAUGCUUUUAUUAAAAAAAAAAAACUCAAAGCUUCCAUGUUUUGAAGAAUUUUUUUUCCUAAAGAACUUUUUUUCUCAAUUCUUCAAAGCAUUAUUUCAUAGUUAGAAGUAAUCAUCUACAGAAUAUGACUUGUGUUUGGUAAUUUUCUAGACAUUCCACCACUCACUCAGUUCUGUCGUUAUCAUUCAUUAUCGUUUAAGCUGUCUGUAUUACAUUGCUUCACUUAGUUCUCUUUUUUUAACAACCUGUGAGUGUCCUUCACAUAUUUAUUGUUGUCUCUCAAUGGAAAUCAUCUAAAUCGGAAUAGCUAAAAACCUUACAAGUCACUCAUUUUGAACUAGAAAUUUGUCACAAACACUCGAUGCCUAAUCUGCUUCAAGUGUCUCUUUGAUAAAGUGCAAAAGAAAUGUCUCAACAAGAUCUGUCCUGUUCCUUAAUCAACAAAUGAGUCUUAGGAAGUGCCAUUGUAUAUAUUCAAGUAAGUGCAGUAUUUUGGGAAGUUUUCAUACCAUUUGGAUUUGUUUUCAGAUGGUUCUAGGCUGGUAUGUACUGUGUAUAUUUUUCUCUUAUAGAAAAGAAUAUUUCUAUGUUAUACAUAGCCUUCUACCUGUCUCUCUCACUCUCUCUCGGUACAUGCUAGUUUGAGUCGGAUGCUAAACAAGGAAUAUUUAUUGCAAUGGUGCUUCUAUUAAUCCAGGAAUAUUUCUCCUCAAAAUUUAAACAAUCCAUAACAAUUUCAGGUAAUACGUACCCUAUUCCCAUCCCUUUUCUAAAACUGUUGACUUCUUUCUGAGCAGUUUUUAGUUGAAUGAAAGAACUUAGAACAAGAUGAACUCAUUUUUAGAUUUUAUCAUUAUUAAAUGGUAUGUUGAUUUUCUUUUUUUUUUUUCUUUUAAUGGCUCUUAUAUAUAACUUAUUUCUCUCUAACAUUUGAUAUCUAAUGGUUUCAUGGAUAUCUUCAGCUUAGCACCAUCUUUAAACCCACUUUAUUUAUCAUUUAUUAACAAUCCUCAGCAGAAGAUAAUAUAACUUAUAAUUAUGUGAUCAGUCAUCCAUGGACAUGUAGAGCUAGGGACAGUCCCGAAUUUAUGGCAGAUCAACUUCUCAGAUUUAAAAAAUCAAGCAGUUGUUAGCUCAAAGAGAAAUGGUUAUUCACACAAUAAAAAUGACAUUACCUUAACGAAAAUGUUUUUCAGUUCAGCAAAUAUAGAGGUCACUAGUAUAUGUUAUGAUUAUUAUUAUUAACACACUGUAGAUGUGUUGUACUUAACAAGUAGGUUUUAUACACCAAGGUCCUCAUUGCCACCACGUGAACUACUACUAUCUCACACCCUACCAGUCACAAUUAGGGACUAGUUGUCAUUGCUCAAUAGAUUUAAUCUCGUGUUUAACCUAGCACUACUACCUUGCAACCUUAAAGAGAUUAAACUUGCUCCCUAAUUCUUUGUUUUUGUUUUAUUUAUAUAUCUUUGGUUCCAAAUAGGGCCUGAACAAAAAAAAAACCUUAAAAAAAAUUUUUUUUUAAUGAAGCUGGAAGAUUAUGCAGG